CUUCAAUCUGCUCUUCUGGAGCAGAUUUUGCUCUGGCAUCCAAACACCAUGAGGUGAGGAUGUCCCAAAUCCAACAGGGAUGUCUGCCUGCAGGAGAAUGAUAGUCUUCAGUCUGAGAUUCAGCUAGCAUCCACUAAUGUGGCAACACUGGAAUGAACCGUCUUGACCGUAAGUCCUGCGACCUGAGGUCACACCAACUCAGCUGAAGAGACACGCGCCAGAGUAUGCUGUGAAUGCUGCACAGAGCUCACCUCUCAGGCAUCUCUCUCCUACUUUAGACAUUUCCCAGCACUGUUCCGGUCUAGGGCUUCAGCCUCGCCUGGCCCCGCCCCGCCGCGGCUAGGCCCCGCCCCCGCGGAGACCCCGCCCUUCCUCCCGAGGAAACGGAAGUGGGCGUCCGGAAGCCGGAAGCGGGAGCGCGGCUGCUGGACUAGAGUCGCUGCGAGCCGCGGCUGAGGGCGGGCGGAGCUGGCGAUGGCGGAGAAGUUUGACCACCUGGAGGAGCACCUGGAGAAGUUCGUGGAGAACAUUCGGCAGCUCGGCAUCAUCGUCAGCGACUUCCAGCCCAGCAGCCAGGCCGGGCUCAGCCAGAAACUGAACUUCAUUGUUACGGGCUUACAGGACAUAGAUAAGUGCAGGCAGCAGCUGCAUGACAUCACGGUGCCUCUAGAAGUCUUUGAAUACAUCGAUCAAGGUCGGAAUCCCCAGCUCUACACCAAAGAGUGCCUGGAGAGGGCUCUGGCUAAAAAUGAGCAAGUUAAGGGGAAGAUUGACACGAUGAAGAAAUUUAAAAGCCUGCUGAUUCAGGAACUUUCUAAAGUGUUUCCAGAAGACAUGGCCAAGUACCGGAGCAUUCGAGGGGAAGAUCACCCACCUUCUUAAGUGUGUGAAGACCCCCCAUACCCCUGUAAUUGCCGGGAUGACCCAGUGAGAAGCUGUGCCUGCCGAUGCUGCCUUCCAGCCACGUGAACUGGCCUUGCCCCUCCUCCUGCUCCCAUCAUUCACCUGUGCGACUCCGGGGCUGGAGGAGUAGAGCUGUCCCCAGCUGUCCCUGCAGCUCUGCAGCUCUCAGACCCUUGGUGGUCCCGUCUUUCUUUAGGGAAAACAGGCAGGAAGACAGCCUUGCUGAAAUGUGAAGUGUGAUUGGGAUUCUACUUGACACUUUCUUUUUAUGUACUCUGUUCUGUUACAGUAUCAUAAGACAAAACUGGGUUUUAUAUUUUACAUUUUCAGAUAUGGUGCAUAAGAACGUAACUGUUUUCAUGAGUUUCAACUAAACAUAAUAAAGUCUUAAGUUUUA